CCGCCCAGGGGCGGUGCCGCGCCGCGGUCACGUAGCUCAGGUUCCUCUGCCGCUGCCGUGCGUGUGUUGUCCGGUUCUCCUUCUCUCAUCCCCUCGUCUCUCUGCCAACAUGCCGAUGUUCGUCCUGAACACCAACGUGCCCCGCACCUCCGUGCCAGACGGGUUCCUCUCCGAGCUCACCCAGCAGCUAGCGCAGGCCACUGGCAAGCCGGCCCAGUACAUCGCAGUGCACGUGGUUCCGGACCAGCUCAUGACCUUCGCGGGCUCAUCCGAGCCCUGCGCGCUCUGCAGCCUGCACAGCAUCGGCAAGAUAGGCGGCUCGCAGAAUCGCUCCUACAGCAAGCUGCUGUGUGGCCUGCUGGCCGAACGCCUGCGCAUCAGUCCGGACAGGAUCUACAUCAACUAUUAUGACAUGAACGCGGCCAAUGUGGGCUGGAACGGCUCUACCUUCGCUUGAGAAACCCUUCUGCCUGAGUUCAACUGCACCACCCCGUCCAGGGUCCCACAGUAUUUUGUACCCUCUUUCCCCAAGGGACUCCCUCCAAUCAGGACAAAUAAAUGGUUUAGAGACCACG